AUGCGAUUUUGGGAUUUGUUAGAUUAUAAUUUAAAAUAUAGUUUCUUUUCUAGACUUGAAUUUUUGGUGCAAUCAAUUCAUAUACAUUUUCUUUCGAUAAAAUCGAAUUCGAGAUUCGGACAAUAUUUGUCAUGUCGGGUUCCUUGUUCUUUUGAUCGUAUAAAAGAUGGCGAUGAAAGUGAUAUUGAUUGUGGUGGUUCAAGAUGUCCAAAAUGUAGCAAUGCAAUGAAUUGCAAAGAAGAUUGUGAUUGUAUAAGCAAUAUUUGUAAAAAUGGAAGAUGUGCUUCAUAUCUAUCAUGUGAAGAUAAUAUAAAAAAUCAGAAUGAAACAGACAUAGAUUGUGGUGGUAUUAAGUGUCCCAGAUGUGACAAUUUAAAGAAUUGCAGUGAUGAUUGCGAUUGUAUUAGUGGUGCAUGCAAAAAUAAUCAAUGUAUUGAAAAUGGGAGUACAACGUCAUCAAUUCAAAAUACAACUUCAACACCCUCAACCGCAGUUUCAGCAAACUCGACUUCACCCUCAUCAGCGAUGAGUACAAUUUCAGCAUCAUUAACAUCAAUAUCAGCAAACUCAAGUUCAACUUCAUCAAUCCAGAAUGCAACUUCAGUUCCGUUUACCACAGUCUUUACAAACUCUAAUUUAACCUCAUCAGCCAUGAGUACAAUUUCAGCAUCGGUAACAUCAAUCUCAGCAAAUUCUAGUUCAGCUUCUACAUUCUCAACCACAUUUUCAGCAAACUCAACUUCACCCUCAUCAGCCAUGAGUAUAACUUCAGCAUCGAUAACAUCAAUCUCAGCAAACUCAAGCUCAGCUUCAAUACUCGCAACUACAGUUUCAGUAGGCUCAACUUCAGCAUCCCAAACAUCAACCUCGGCAAAUUCAAGUCCAACUUCAUCAAUCCAGAAAACAACUUCAAUUCCAUUAACUCCAGUCUUAACAAACUCCAGUUUAGCUUCAACAGUCAUGAGUACAACUUUAGUAGCUUCCACCUUUACUCCGCAAAGAUCGAAUCCAACUUCAACAGCAUCGAUGACAACGUCAAUAACGGUUUCUAAAUGUAUUGAUCGUAUAAAAAACGAAGAUGAAACAGAUAUAGAUUGUGGUGGUUCCAGAUGUCCAAAAUGUAAUAAUAUAAUGAAUUGCAAUGAUGACAGUGAUUGUAUCAGUAGUUAUUGUAAAAACAAGAAAUGCAACCCUAUUGAAACAUGUGAUGAUAAAAUGAAAAACCAAGAUGAAACAGAUAUAGAUUGCGGCGGUUCUAAAUGUCCAAAAUGUCAAGAUACAAAAAUCUGUAAUCAAGCAUCAGAUUGUACCAGUAACUUUUGUAACAACAAAUGUGUUCCUGCAUGUAAGAAUAAUGGAACAUGUGUUUCCGAAAAUAACUGUACAUGUUCAAGUGGUUUCAGUGGUCCAACCUGUGAAGUCCAAUCUGUUGGCUUAUGUACGGAUACCGAAACUAUUAGUUCGAAUCCUAUUUUAUUGAUCACAUUCGGACGUGGUUCAGCUCAAUACUCUAGAAGUAAACCAACUAAUUUCAAUUUUAGUACAACAUACAAACAACAAUUUGAACCUAAGACAAACGAUGGCAUGUUUAGUUUUAUCAAUUCAAUUCAUAAUGAUUUUUUGGGAACAUGGCAUACUGGUGCAAAAGAUCAUACAGGCGAUCAAGGUGGAUAUAUGUUUUUGGUUAAUGCAGAUUAUCAACCUGGUCAGUUUUAUAAUGGUACAGUUAAAAAUCUAUGUGUUGGUUUACGUUAUGAAUUUUCUGUUUAUUUGGCUAAUGUUUGUAAUGGAGCUGAUCGAAUUGAGCCAAAUGUUCGUUUUGAAGUUCGAAGUUUAACGAAUGGAAAUCAAUUACUUGCUCAAUUAAGAUCAGGAAAUAUACCAGUGACAAAGAAUUUAACAUGGAAGAAAUAUGGUCUUUCAUUUACAGCACCAACUAGUUCAGUUGUUCUGUUAAUGAUUUCUGAUGCUCGCGGUGGUUCGGGAAAUGAUAUAGUCAUUGAUGAUAUUGGAUUACGUGUAUGUUCACAUAAAGGAACUGGUUUCUGUCCUUCAAAUUAA